GCCAUACUCUACCUGAGCAGUUGCAAGUAAUACUGUGUAGCGUGCUGGAGCCCAAGCUGCAGCAAGUAACGUGUGAGCUGUGGAGCAUCGUGCAAGGUCGAAUACUACUGUAAUGCGGAGCCGUGCGAGCCUGGAGCAUCGGACUGCAAAUUCCGUGAGCUAUCCCACCCUGCACCGAGGGAUGUUACUUCAGGUAGGAUGGUGGGCAAGUGCUGGAGUAAGUAACUGUUAGGUCCAGGGGAGAGCGCCAAGCAGUGUGCGAUCCGACACUGAAGGCUGCAAUCGGGCGGACAUUACCUUCAGAAAAUGCGGGUUCGCGUGGAAGACCACAAAGCAUCGGACAAGCAAUGUGAUUCGGGUAAUGCAAUGGCCACGAUUGUGUAGUCUGAGGUGGUCGAAUCACAUUUGGUAUCGUACUAAAAUACUGGUUCUCUAUACGUGCCACUUUCGCACUGCAGGGCAGAAAGUUUCGUUGGGGGAGAGGGCAACUUAACCGAAGAGUUGCUGUUAAUCGAACUAACGUUGAAUUAAAAAAAAAAAAAAUACAGGAGUGGACGAAAAAGGUGAUUGAAACUAGUUGCGAUUAACUUGCGCAACACUUAGCGACAGGUUUUCCCAAGAUUCGCUGCGGUACCGUAGAUUAUCUAUCUUUCACUUAUGGUAAUUAACGGUCGGUUGCUGUGAAACGCGCGGUGUUGCCGGUAGGGCUACUCGGCCGUGAUUGUUUCCCUGCGCCAAGGAGCCACCAGUGUAGAUAUUUGGGCUUCAUGUAACAUUUUGCAGUUUCUCUGUAGCGCAAAUAGCACAGGGACGUGCAAGAGAACAGCGGCGGUGUGUGUGUUUAUUUUUGUUUUCCUCUACUACGUCCUUGUGAUAUUUGCGCUACAGGGGAAAAUGCAAAGGGGCCAAUCGCAAUCUAAAGUGCGCCGUGUGACAACCAUUUAAUACCAGAUUACUAUUCGAAGCGUCGAAUGAGAUCGCGGUUCCUGCGAAAAUGUCAUGUAGCAGUCGACAGGUCGCUUAGAGGCGACCGAUUUACUGCAAAUUCGGCAGUACUUCGUGCGACUGCGCGGCAGUGAUGUCGUUGAUGGCUCAUAGGCUUAUUAAGGAUAUGGAGUUGGGGAAUUGGGAGAUGAGGACAGGCCCAACAAUGCCUUUCUCCAUGGCCCUGUUACCGAGGAAUGCUUCCCCGCACGGUUAUACCAUGCGGAGAAUGCCAGAUUCCGUAGCAAUCCACGAAGCUGGCUACUAGCCCCUAUGCUUUCGUCGGAGCACUGCAUCCUAUUAGAUUUGGGCAGUCCCACAGAAAUUGUCGGAUGGUCGGCACAGCUGCCGUUUGCAUCCUGGGCAACCUGUUAGUAUGGGCAAUGGUAUGGGCGGCAGCUCUUCCACCGUGUUGUCAGGAACACUGCUUUCCUUGAGAGCUGCAGUACGCCCCCAUUUCCGUCAUCUUGCAGGGGCACACAAGUUGCUACGCCGCUGCGGCGGUUAGUUACUAUGUAUGCUUUAGUACCAUAUACAUUUUAUGUUAAAGGUUCGUACAGCGCUCGCAGCGGCGUGAGCCGCUUCGUUCCCUGGUACGCCACAACGGCCGGGAACCUACCACACCCAAGGUUCAACCGUGCGCCGCCUCUUGCUACCUCGACGAUCUUCCUUGCGAUGGGGUAGGAUGGGGUCACUGUGGGGGGCGCGUAAUAUGCGCACCUAGGCGGUAAGGUUACAUCUUUACUCGGAUCACACUGGUACGACAGGUGUUGCGACUCCCGAAUUUCAUUGUGCGACACGAUCGAAGGAACGGUCCUUAUUAACAUGGCUACAUGUGACGCGUCAUGGUGGUUGCGUAGUUACCAUGACGGUUAAAAGCGGUUGGGACAUCCUUGUGGCUAGAUGGCUCAACGAUAAUAUUUGUUUGCGGUAACUUUGCACUCUAUAGUUUGAUUUUAGAUUAAAAUAACAAGCGCAGACUUGGAGACGCUGAGUCGUCCCAGGACGUAGAGCGCGGUGCAAGUAAAUGUGCGAGGGGAGCCAUGGGGAAGCGCGCUGCGAGGACUGAUAGGUGCUCUGUGCUGCUCCAUCCCGCCUCGACUCGCAACCUAGUGCAGUGAAAUCGAAGGUGUUCUGUGCCACAACACCGCAAGGGGACCGUUACGUUCGUUUUGAGAACUACGCUGGUUUUCGUCCUCGUGCGAUUGGCUUGGCAGCGCUGCAAAAAUGAAAACGCCGUGAGCCGCUCGGACCUUGCCGACACCUGCGCUUGUGCAUCACAGUCGCAAUGCAGAACGAGCUGCCGGAUCUGAGGCAACGUGUUGCGCCGAUGAACUCCAAGGAUGAGCACCCUACGGGCCUAUUCCAACCCUUCAGGAAGCCCGCUCUCGGCUUGGUUGGCACCCUCCUGACUGAAUUGCGGCCUGUCAUGAAGGAACCUUCAGCAAAGAAGGUCAUGUGGCUGAUGGUAGGAAACAUUAUGUGUAGCUCCGUUCUAUCAUACUGGAGCCGGUCGUCUGGGAGUCUAGCGCUUGGUGCUUUUACCCAGCUGACACUCUUUGACCUGCUCUGUUUAGGGAAUUGCUUGCUGGGCAUGUGGGUGUCUCAGCAAAAGCCGGGACCAACCUACAGCUUUGGGUACAGAAGAUGGGAAGUCUUAGCCAUCUUGGCCAGCACAAUAUUGUCGCAACUUGGCUCGUUUUUAGUGUUGAAGGAAAGUUUGGAGAGGCUGCUGGAGCCAGUUGAUGUUCACAGUGGUCGUCUGCUCCCAGGUAUGGUGCUGGGUCUGUGCUGGCACUUGCUGGUACAGCUGAGUGUACAGCAGCCAUCGCUGGCCAGCGUCCUGCAGGCGUCCAGUUCCAGUUGGCUCCAGGAGCAUCUGACCGACAUUAGCCAUAGCGUGUGCAGUGUGGUGCCAGGGCUCUCUGGACUGUUGCUGCCCCGUCUGAAUCCCAUCCUUCUCCUGGGGUGGGCCGAGGCAUGCCUUCUCCUGCUCUGCCAUACGCUGCUGCUUUCCUAUGGCUGGCAGCAUGCUGACACCGUGACGGCGGUUCUUCUUGCCAUCAUGUGCUGUGCUACAAUGCUACCCGUGAGCAUCCACUGCGCCUGUGUUCUGCUUCAGACGACUCCACGGCACCUGUUAGGCCAGCUGGAUAAAUGUCUUCGGGAGGCGUCUACGUUGGAUGGUGUGCUGGAGUUUCGACACGAGCUGUUCUGGACACUUGCCUUUGGCACACUGGCUGGCUCGGUUCAUGUUCGUGUCCGGAGGGAUGCUAAUGAGCAGCUGGUUUUGGCACACAUUGUGGAUCGCCUCUCAGGCCUGGUGCCAGACCUGACCGUCCAGGUGUUCAAGGAUGAAUGGGCAUGGAGCCGAGCAGCUCCAUUCCAUCCGUCACGAGACCAAACAGCUGGGCUUGAGAGACGGGAAUCACUUGGUAGCCAGUCUGCCCUGCAUGUGGCUGCUGCGCCAGUGAAAACGUGAUUUUGGUUCCGUUAGGUGCGGAAAACGCGAUGCAAAGUGAAGUUUCUCUGUAGGGGAAAUGAGAGAACUGCGACUGUCAAUGCAACUUCUGUGAUAUUAAGCUACCGUCCGCAUAUAUUAAAACUUGAAUGGCAGAAAGAAAAGCAUCGGAGCACCUCUUAAGCAUAAUGGUCAUUGGAACAUGACAUUUAAGGUCGCUGUAGCCCGUUUCUAAGCAAGGUGCAUUUCUGAAUGCACGUUUUGGAGCCUGCAUUGCAUCACUGUAUAUCGAGCCUCAAUAUAAAAACCAUAAAUAUAAUGAAUUAUUGGAUAUAAUGAAGUAAUUAUUGUAAAAUUUUUGUUGCCGUUAUCAGCGUAUAACAUAUGUGUGCUUAUGACGAGUACUAUAUUUGCUCGCAUAAUGAUAGCACUUUUUUUUUUUAAUUGACGCGAAUUUAGGGGUGCGAUCAAUACGCGGGGUAAAUCUUCCACUAAAAAAAAUUUUGAGCACUGAAAAUGCAAAAAAGUUUGCAGGUCAGAAUUCUUCUGAUAGAUAUCAUGACCAAACCAAAUAUAAUGCAAAAUGCAAAAACGUGGUGUCCAUGGGAACGCGUCGGAAUGCAUUUGCUGCGCGAUGACAACAGGUCAACCAACAGGUGGCUGCUGCAAUAACAGUGCGGGACAUCAAAACAAAAAUGGUGGCUGAUGUAGCAAUCCGAACACAUUUUUUUUCCAUUGUGAGUACAUUACGCACAUUGAAACAGUUUCUUCUGUAUCAAUAAUGAAGAAUGUUGUUAAUAUCAGCAAAUACUCAGCAAUAACAUAGCCGUGUCCACUUUGAGGGGGACAGGAUCAGAAAUGGGUGCGCUCAGCUGCCACUGGCAAACACAUGGCGGACAUGCUGCAAAAACUGUGGUAUUUGUUUUCACUACAAUCCUAAUACGGCAUGUUUCCACUAAGAGUGGGCGACUAUAUUAGCUGUGUUAUAAGUGCCGGCAUUUGAGCAGGGUACAUUUCUGCCAUAUCGGUGUAAACGUGGCUACUGUCGUUGCCAUUCGCAGUCUGUUGUGUGCUCUAGAAUGCAGAUGAGAGGAAUUGCAAGGCACCUCCUUUUCUUUUUCAUUGUUGACCACAACCAAUAUAAAGCCAACAAAUAUAGUAAUACCAAGGCAAGUUUGGUUGUAGAUUUAUUUUUCUCGAAGUGCAAGAAGUGAUUGAGGGAAUGAAAUGGGGUAUCUCCUUAAGAAUCUGUUUGGUGCGUGCAGUCCGCUUGAUAAGCCUUGAAGGGUCGUUUGCAUAGCAUUCAACAGAUGGUAAGCACGAUCACCAUCAGCUAGACUUGGCACACGCUGUGUCACUGCGGCAAGUUCGGGGUGUGAUCAUUACAUGGGAAAGUAAAAAAAAUCUAAUUUUGACAACAAAAUUCAAGGCUGCGUUCAUUACGCAAGUGAAUACAGCAUUGGGUAUAACGACGCUUUUUUCAUGUGAGGUGUAACUUCUUUACAAUGAGAUAUGUCUGUAAUGCGAAUGCCAGCGAACCUGGAAAUGUAAGGAUGCAUUCCAGUCAUUUCAAUUUUUUUUAUUCACACAGAUUGUCACAUGGCAUAUUAUAGUUACAUAAAUGUGUGUAGGCCUUCUCUGUAAAGAAGCUGCCUAAGCGUGUGGACUUAGGCUGACAGUACAUGUUUUGCAACUGAGACCUGCAAGGUUCUGCCAUUUGUUUCGUGCCAGUCUUGUGUUGAACACAGUGGCCCUGUCCAGUAGGGAACAGCAGCGUAACAGCUUCAGUUCUUUUUUUUGAGCCUGUGUCAUACAGUACAUUACUGAAGUGUGUAUUCUUUGACUUUGUGCAAGGAUGUUCUUGUGCUUGUUGUCCUUUCAAAUGAUUGAGAAGGCUCGUAAUGUUGCAGAGCCCCAGUUUAUGUUAUCACUGCAGAUGUUACAGUAUUAAAUGCAUUUUUUCUUUUUUACUGGAUAAUGUUGCGUGUCUACUAGGGCCGCCAAUUUCCCUGAAUUUUUCCAGACUGUCCUGGACUUCGUGAGAGAAUCGCAUCAUGACACAAACUUAUCAGGACUGUAUUUACUCUUACAUUAGAAGCUGGUGAGACAUAGAGCCAGAUAUCACUUCACCGAUCAAAAUGGAAGCUGGAGCUGCCAAAACGUUUGCUGUGACAAUAGUUAAAGGGCACCUAAACCACCUCUGACAUCUUGCACACACUUUGAUAUAUACACAUGCAUUGCAUACAGAAUGCAGUAAUGAUCAUCUUUUGUGAAAAUGGCAGCACUAUGAUCCAUGCAGAAGGUAAAAAAAUGCACGUGGGGCUUUUCCAGUCCCUGCUUCACACUUUGUGAUGCCAUUAGGGUCAUACACGGGGCGUCACCAGGGUAAAAGCUGUCAAUUGGUGCAUCUACAAAGGACGUCUGUUUUGAUCUGUAUGCUAGCAUGACAUUGCCAUGACUUGCUUGUCAUGCACAGACUGAUUUCACUUCAUGUAAUGUGCUUGUUGUCGUGGCUGUAACAUGCUCAUCCUUUAUUUUGAGGGUACGAUCACCCCUUGACCAAAGUCACACGGGCAAAAUGGAAAGGUGGAAGAGGUGCUAGGUGAAGCCAAACAAAGUGUCUGAGGUUGCUUUCACGAAUGUAAAACAAGAAUGUGUAUGCACCACAUGUGGACAAACGAAUGUGAUCUGCUGAAAUGUAUGACAGUUAAUUACAUUCUAGCAAAUGUCACUGGUCUGUUUUUUUUUUUCAUAUGAUUUGACCCACAAAUUCUUGCGAGGUCUCUUUCUUUUUUCAAUUUUGCAUUUACAAUGACAUCUUUUGAUUAAUUAAAUACAGUACCUUGCUUAUUCACCAUGGAAUUCGACCAUGGCCUUCCCUGGAUCAUCGAGGCUGGCCAAUCAGUGUGCAAUAAUAUUUGUAUCAUUCCACAGUAUUACGCAUCGAAUGUUAUAAGUUCUUCCUGAGACUUGGAAAAACAAGAUCCUCUGAAAGCUUGUAGCCAAAUCUUUACGGUGUCCACCCGAUCACUGUCUACAAUAUUCGUGUCGAAAAAGAGAUUUACUGAGCUGCACCGGGGCGUCAUGCGCAUCCAUUGUAAACAUAGAGGCAGCUCAGGCAAGCAUUGGAUGUAGCACCAUGAAAAGGGUCUAUGCAUCUCGCAACCUAGGCAAGGAGGCACUACUACACCUGUUGAAAACGCCUCCAUUGUUGUUUUCUAGUCGUGUCGCAGUGCCACUGUGUGUUUUCUCUAAAGCAGCACGCACGCUCUCUCUCGUUGCUCGUGGCACUCGCAAUGUGCACAUUCUCACGUUUGUGGUACUGGUGCUGCAUGUUGAAUAGCAGCGUAGGGACUGGUUGGGAAACAGAAACACGUAAACUACAGCACUGUUUUCCACAAACUGUCCUACCACAGAAUCCUACGUAGUGGGAACACCAAGAUAGGCGAGAGUCUGCCGUGCCUGUCAUUUUAGGGCAUCAAAUAAAGUUUGGACGUAAGAUGAAAUUGGAAAGGCCAAGUAUGCUUUGUACAUCAGCAACAUGAUCUUCUGCAACAUUGAGCUUGAAGUAUAUGCAAAUUCAGUGCAAGAAAGCCACCAUCCUUGGAAAUGUGUAAAACAGAAGUUUACUGUUUGUUUAUUUCAUUCCGGUAUGAAGCAGCCAAAUACAAUUCCUGGGAUGCUGAGUGCCAUUCAUAUUUUUUUGAUAGGGGCGUCUGUAUGUGAAUAAAUUAUUUUAUGCCAUA